CUCGUUAUAUAAAAGAUGUUGGCCACGGGGAAAGACGGGACAGUAGCAAUCGAGAAAGGCAACAUGAACAAGGUGGUGCUCUGCGUUGUGGUCGUGCUCGGGUUCAUGUGCGUCGCGGAGGCUUUUCAGAAGAUCUGCGAUAAGGACCAAGCAAAGAUCAAACAAAGGUUGGAGUGCAUGAGGCAGAAAGUGACGCGUUCAGAUCUUGCGGAUUCUCUGCGAACUUUCAACAGACACGGAGAUGAGAUUCUGCACAAGGCGUGCGAAAAGGACGUGCUACUGGAGGAAGUCCUUACCCUGUUUUACACGGCGGACGAAGUUAAAUUCCUGCAAGAAGCCAGCAACAAGUGCGUUUAGAAACCAUCUGGUAGCAUCGACUGGUGCUGCCUAUAGGAAGUCUGGAUAUGGUUCCGGAACCGCUGCUAGGACGUUCAAGAGCUGUUCGGAUUGUUCCUAACAGGUUCAAGUCCUGUGAGAACCUUCAAUGUGAUUCUUAAGACAUGAGUGCAGUCAUGCAUAUACAUGACAAAUAAAUUGUUUCUGUUUCGGAAUGA